AUCAAGACGCUGAGAGACGGACAUAGAGAGAGAAAGAUCAAGUGAGCCUCACUGGAAAACCAUCAGAUUCUUUUAUAGUCCUUUCGAAGCCAUCAGCCGCCAUGUCUUACACGGCUGGCUCUUACGCGGACAAGUCCUACGCGGGCCGCUCAUAUGCUGACAAGUCCUACAUGGACAGUGCUUACACGGGUUACGAUGACAAGACGGCCAAGACGCUGUUCGAGGAGCAGCUGCUGAAGGAGAAGAAGAAGCGGAAGGAGGCCAUGCACUGCGAGGUCGUGGCUCUGGUCAUCGCCUUCAUUGGCCUGAUUGGCGUUGCCGCCGUGACGGGUCUGCCCAUGUGGAAGGUGACGGCCUUCAUCCAGGAGAACAUCAUCGUCAUGGAGACGCGCUGGGAGGGCCUGUGGAUGAACUGCUACCGGCAGGCCAACAUCCGGAUGCAGUGCAAAGUGUAUGAUUCGCUGCUUUAUCUGCCGUCGGACCUGCAGGCGGCUCGUGGUCUCAUGUGCACCGCUGUGGCCCUCACGACCAUCGGAUUCAUCGUAACGGCUGUAGGCAUGCGUUGCACCAAGCUGGUCGACUCCCGUCCCCGCGUCAAACAUAUCGUCCUGGUGACCGGAGGGUGCCUCUUCCUGGCCGGGUGCCUAGCCACCAUCAUACCCGUCUCCUGGACGGCCAGCGUUAUCAUCCAGGACUUCUACAACCCCCUGCUGCUGGACGCCCAACGAAGAGAACUGGGCGAGGCACUCUACAUAGGCUGGGUGACGAGUGCCCUGCUCUUCAUCGCUGGGGUGAUCCUGCUGUGUCGACAUGCUCCCCGCACCCAGGAGAAGGAGGACAUGAAUAUGGUGCUGUACAGGGCCGGAUCUGCUCCCUACAACUACUCCUACCAGCCUGGAUACCCUUACCAACCAGCCUACCAGCCAGCUUACGGCUACCAACCAGCCUACAGUGCUGUACCACCACCAGGGUCUGUAGCCUAUAGCCGACCUGCAUACUGAUGAGGUCAGAGUGCAGGGAUGGCCUCUGCCUCUCUUAGACUGAUGCACUAUGGACAUCUCUUUCACAAAUACAGGUUUCCUGCUCAUGUUUUUAACCUUUUGAUGGUUGUGAUAUCAAUUCCAUUAAUUUAUGUACACUACUCAUGUGUCAGAAGUUUGGGGACACCUAGACUGAAUCUCAAAUGCCUCCCUCCUCCCUAAAUAGUGCACUAACUUUGGUUUUUACACCCAAAUAGUGCACUAAAUGUUACAUUGAGAGUCUUUCAGCCCAUGGCUGAAUCUCAAAUGACAUUCUAGUCAACAUAUGCCUUAUUUUGGGUGUAGACGUUUUUGACCUACAUAGUUUAGUAGGGAGCCAUUCGAGAUCCAACCCAACCCUUUCAAAAUGUUUUUAAUACAUGUUUAAAUGUGUGUGCCAAUAUGAGUGCCAAUGCUGUCUUCGCUUUUAAAAACAUGGUACCAUAUAGGGUUCUUUGAGUGAUGCCAUAGAAGAACCAAAAGAUUUUCAUCAUAUGAAGUUUUUGGGUCACUUUAAGAGGUCUUCCUAGAACCUUCAAUAUAGGUGGAGUUUAUUUAAAAGGACCUUCACACCCACCUAUCUCAUUUACAAAAAGAAACUACCCACUGAAAGGUUUUGGGGAACCAAACAUUGGCGAUCAUAACCCUUUCCGGCACCUAUAUUUGUAAGAAUGUUGGAAAUAAUGCCAAAAUUCAGGGGCUUUAAACCACCUUUGGGAUAAAAGAGUUUCAAUAGUUUGGAUAAGAAAACUGAAAAUCAUUAUUUGAACAAAAUCUGCUUUUCAUACUGAGGAAGAUACUUUGAAGCUGAGAUAAUGAAUAAAAGCAUUAGAACAGAGCUACUAAACCUUUGUGGACGUUUUAUUACUUGAAAGUAACAGUGAAACUCACACAUUUUAAAAGAAUAUUAGGUCCCCAGACGUGAUGGGCAGUGUUAUCUGUGAAUAUGUUAUACUUCUAAUCUCUGACUCUUGAAGUUUGUUUUGUUUUGCUUCAAAAUUCUCAAUCUGAAAUGGAUGUUUUGAAAGGAUCCGGUGUUCAAGGAUAAAGGUUAAGAGCUGGUGCCUUCCGAGAUGAUAUACAGCAAAGAAAAUUCCAUACGGACAAUGAACAAUGGAAUCUUGCAGAACAACUCCUCAACUUUCAUAGAGGACACCAUGCCAAAACGGGCAAAAGUAAUGUUAUACUUUGAAAUGUAUAAUCAUGUUUUUUCAAGCACUGUUUCGACCAAUUGUUUGUAAUAAAAAAAAUUAAAA